UAUAUAUAGUAGUGACGAUGAUGAAGAAGACGUUGAGGUCUAUGAUCAUGAUUAUGAUGGUCUGCUUCCUAAGAGUGGAAAACGUCACUUAGGAAAAACCAGGUGGACCCGCGAAGAGGAUGAGAAACUGAAGAAGCUUGUGGAGCAGAACGGCACAGAAGACUGGAAAGUCAUUGCCAAUUUCCUUCCUAAUCGGACAGAUGUUCAGUGCCAGCACCGAUGGCAGAAGGUACUAAACCCAGAACUUAUUAAAGGCCCAUGGACUAAAGAGGAGGAUCAAAGGGUAAUAGAACUCGUGCAGAAAUACGGUCCAAAGCGCUGGUCUGUCAUUGCUAAGCAUUUGAAGGGAAGGAUUGGAAAACAGUGCAGGGAGAGGUGGCACAACCAUUUGAAUCCAGAAGUGAAGAAAACCUCCUGGACAGAAGAGGAAGAUAGGAUUAUUUACCAGGCACACAAGAGGCUGGGAAACAGAUGGGCAGAAAUUGCAAAGUUGCUGCCUGGACGAACUGAUAAUGCUAUCAAGAACCACUGGAAUUCCACCAUGCGCCGCAAGGUUGAGCAGGAGGGCUACCUGCAGGAGUCCUCCAAAGCCUGUCACUCCUCAGGAGCUGCUGGCUUUCAGAAGAGCAACCACUUGAUGGCCUUUGCUCACAACCCGCCUUCUGCACAGCUGCCAGGAGCCAGCCAGCCCCCGCUGAGCAGUGACUACCCCUACUACCACAUCUCUGAGCCACAAAACGUCCCUGGUCAGAUCCCAUAUCCAGUAGCACUGCAUGUAAAUAUUGUCAAUGUUCCUCAGCCAGCUGCCGCAGCUAUUCAGAGACACUAUAAUGAUGAAGACCCUGAGAAAGAAAAACGAAUAAAGGAAUUAGAGUUGCUACUAAUGUCGACUGAGAAUGAACUGAAAGGGCAGCAGGCAUUACCAACACAGAACCACACAUCAAACUACCCUGGCUGGCACAGCACAGCGAUUGCUGACAGUACCAGGACCAGUGGUGACAAUGCACCUGUUUCCUGUUUGGGGGAACAUCACCACUGUACUCCAUCUCCACCAGUGGAUCAUGGUUGCUUACCUGAAGAAAGUGCAUCCCCUGCACGGUGCAUGAUUGUUCACCAGAGCAACAUCCUGGAUAAUGUUAAGAAUCUCUUAGAAUUUGCAGAAACACUCCAGUUAAUAGACUCCGAUCCUUCAUCAUGGGGUGAUCUCAGCAGUUUUGAAUUCUUUGAAGACACAGACACUUCGGCUAGCAAAGCUCCCUCAGGCAAAGUCAUGCAGCUUCAGCAAAGAGGGACCAGUGCUUGUAGAGCUCAAGGACAGCCCAUCACAAACUUGAACAAAAUCAUGUCGAGUCAGGGCUCUCCUGGCUCACCAAAGUCCUUAUCUGCCUCACAGGGCAGCACGGCUCCAUGGGUCCUUCUUCACAAAAGGAGAGAACACUCCAGCCCCUUAGCCAGUGGCCACAGUAGCACCUUGGUCCUAGCUGACGUCAGCAGCUCAACUCCUCCUAAGCGCUCCCCUGUCAAAAGCCUGCCCUUCUCUCCCUCGCAGUUCUUAAACACCUCAUCCAAUCAUGAGAACCUGAACCUGGACAACCCUGCGCUAACUUCUACACCAGUGUGUGGCCAUAAGAUGGCUGUUACCACGCCGUUCCACAGGGACCAGACGUUCAAAGCUCAGAAAGAAAAUCAUGUUUUCAGAACUCCAGCAAUCAAGAGGUCGAUAUUAGAGAGCUCUCCAAGAACACCCACUCCAUUCAAAAAUGCACUUGCAGCUCAGGAAAUCAAAUAUGGUCCUUUGAAGAUGCUGCCUCAAACUCCGACUCAUCUUGUAGAAGAUCUGCAGGAUGUUAUCAAGCAGGAGUCAGAGGAAUCUGCAAUAGUGGCUGGGCUACAUGAAAGUGGACCCCCUUUGCUGAAGAAAAUCAAACAAGAGGUGGAGUCUCCAACAGAUAAAGUUGGAAAUUUUUUUUGCUCGAAUCACUGGGAAGGAGAAAACCUAAACACUCAGCUCUUUACGCAUGCAUCUGCUAUGGAAGAUGUGCCAAAUCUUCUUACCAGCUCCAUUUUAAAGAUGCCUGCAUCUGAAGAGGAUGGUAGUUUUCACAAAACAUUUGCAGUACCGAGGAACAGGCCGCUAGCUAGUCCUCUGCAG